GGUCACUCCCACUGUCUUUUGUAUCAAAACAAUAAAGUUGAAAGUAAAAAAAGGUCAGCAUAAAUCGGGUUGUCUUUUUGUUGUUCUUUUUUUUUUGUAUUUUUUUCGUAAAGUGUACUGGACGUUCGCUUUUGACUGUGCUUUGCAACUAGGAUUCUACGGAAAACCUGGAUUGAACCAUUCACUUUUCAUAGAAAACAAUAAGAAAACGAAUUGCACGAAAAUAUGGAUUUGGCUCAAGGAGUAGAUUCUACGGACGCUCUCUUUGAACAUGCUAGAGAGCUGCUUCAGCAACAACCUCGGGUCUUGGUCGGGUUGGCUGGCGGACCCGGCUCUGGAAAAACGACACUGGCUUCUAAAUUAGUAACCGAAUGGAAUCAACGACUCGGAAGUGAUACCGUGAAAAUGAUCCCUAUGGAUGGAUUUCAUUACACUUUGGAAGAACUCGAAAAAAUGGAUAACCCAGUAGAGGCAAAGGCGCGACGUGGUGCUGAAUGGACGUUUGAUGCACGACUUUACGCGUCUCUCGUCGCCUUGGUAAAGAAAGUGACGGACUCUGAAUUGUAUGCACCUUCCUUUGACCAUUCCGUUGGAGCACCGAUUCCAAACGACAUUCACAUUCGUCCGGAGCAUCGGAUUAUCAUUUUCGAAGGAAAUUACUUGCUUCUCAACAAGCAUCCAUGGUCCCUAGCCGCCAAUCUCUACGAUAUCAAGGCAUUUCUAGCCGUUGAUGCUUUAACAGCGCGAAACCGCGUAGUCCAACGCCACUUGCAAGCUGGGAUUUGUCAAACGGAAUCCGAAUCCGCUGCACGUACCGAUGCCAACGACAUGGUGAAUCUGGACUUUGUUCAAAAUAAUCUUUUGGAACCUGAUUUUCUUCUCCAUCAAGUAGAUCUUUAGUUUGUCUAUUUUUUAGUUGUUUUGUUUAUGAAUUUUUUUUUUUUUUUCUCUA